ACCGUUUUUUUUAAUAAAAAAAUGGAUCCAGUCAAAAUAAACCUUGUAAUAAUAAUUACGAUUGCUAUUUUUACUAAUACUACUUCAUUAUAUUUUCUUUGCAAAAAACGUAAAAGCAACUACGUCAUAUUAUGUAUUAAUUUGACUUUUGCUGACAUAUUACAGAGCAUUGCAGGGUAUAUACCAGAUCUCUUUCUUGAUACAAAUUUACAAAAAGCUACUACAUUUUGCAAGCUAACUGCCUUUUUUGUUGCUUUUCCUUCAUUUGCAACUAUAGCAAUGCACGCUGGAAUAGCACUUUCAAGAAUGGUACUACUAAGCUCAUGUUUUUCUAGCAACCUAAUUAACUAUAAAAAGUUAUUUAUAAAAAUUGGAAUCUUCUCGUGGAUUUAUGGAUUAUUUUGGGCCACUUUGCCCCUAGUAGGAUUUUCAUCAUAUACACUAGAAGAUACUCAAUCUCGAUGUUCAAUUAACUUUUCUCCCAAAACUAUUAUAGAAAAGGCUUAUUUAAUCUUGAUUUUUGCUUUUGGUUUUUGCAUUCCCGUUACAAUAAUUAUCACUUCCUGUAUAUUUACAGCACACGUGAUUGUCACAAAGUAUAACUACUUUUAUGUAACUUACGGUAAAGAAAAUGUAGAAACAAAGUUAUUCAAAGAGAAGGAAAAAAAAGCAAUAUCUUCUUUUCUACUAAUGGUUUUGUCGUUUAUAGUUUGUUGGACACCAUACGCGACGAUUGGUUGUUUAACCGCUUUUACGUCUGUUAAAACGCCAAAAUGGCUUCUUCAAGUAGCUGCUUUAUUUGCUAAGCUGUCUGCUCUAGUAAACCCUGUUAUUUAUUACUGGAAGGAUGGUAUAUUUAAAAAACGUUCUGCGCGUGAAAAAUCAUUUACAAAAAGUUUACUCAUAAUAAAGAGUGAAAUAAACAGAAGUGUUGACCAUAUCGCCUAAUGUUUAUAAGUAUAUUGAGAAAGCAUUUUAAUUUUAUACAAUUGAUUUUGCCACUAAUGAUACGAAUAGCUUUACGAUUAACUUUCUAAGUAAUUUUUGCAAAAAAAAAAUUAUAAUAAUUGUAAGACUUAAUGGAAG